AUGACUGACUGCAAGCCUCUGGCUACUCCAGCUGCUCUUACACAGCCUGUAACAUCGUCCACAGAGGACUUUGACAACCCCACUCAGUAUCGCCGCCUAGUUGGAGCGCUCCAGUACCUGACAAUAACACGUCCGGAUCUCUCCUACGCUGUCAAUCGCCUGUCUCAAUUCAUGCAUACACCAACUGCUGACCAUUGGGCCCUUCUGAAACGUGUCCUCCGGUAUGUCAAGGGUACGGCUACACAUGGUCUUCGCCUGACUACCUCGGUCUCAGCAGAUAUUCACGCCUACUCAGAUUCAGAUUGGGCGGGUUGUCCUAUAGAUCGCAAGUCCACCAGCGGGUAUGCAGUGUUUCUAGGGACCAACCUGGUCUCUUGGGUCUCGCACAAGCAACGGACGGUGGCGCGCUCGUCAACAGAGGCAGAAUACAAGGGUCUCGCCGAUGUUGCUGCAGAAGUCACGUGGAUUGCCUCUCUUCUACGUGAGCUGGGCCUCCACUCCGGCGUACCACCCACCCUAUGGUGUGACAAUCUCGGGGCCACCUACUUAUGUGCUAAUCCGGUGUUCCAUGCCCGCACAAAACACGUAGAAAUCGACUUCCACUUUGUUCGGGAUAAAGUGACUUCUGGCGAGUUCCUGGUCAACUUUGUCUCCACCAAAGACCAGCUUGCGGAUAUCUUCACGAAGCCCCUUCCGGGACCACGCUUUGCAGCGCUUCGGGACAAGCUCAAUGUUGCUUCUCAUCCACCUUGUGCUUGA